UACACGAUUCAUUACAGAAAGCUAGCUUAGCAAGCUAGUCGGCAUGCUAGCUUCACAUAAGCAGCCGAUUUCCUCAUUCCUAUGCAUGGACGAUCCAGAACAAAUCCACAUAUUGGAACGGUUGCUAAUAGUGUUUCUGCAAAGGAGCUUUAAUGGUCAUGAGCGUGGCUCAGCCGGGCUAGUAUGUGCAUUGUUGGUGGAGUUUCAUCAUUACUAGACUGGUAGAGGUGGGGCGGAGAUGACCAGACCUAAUGCGUCGGUUCUGAAUAAAGACGCACACACGUAGCUACAUUUGGAUGGUGACAACAUGAGCUCCGACUUCGUGUGACAAUGCAUAACUCUCCUCUUUUCCAUUACCUACAUGAUCUAGGACACACAGACUUCGAGGCAUGUCCGACGGCAUCACAGGAGGAGGAAUGUGGUGGACAGGAGGGAGACCUCGCUUCUCCCGACAAAGGUUCACAGAGAACCUUAAGAGGACGAUUGUGGAGACUGGCUAAGGUCUUGUUCAGAUGGAGCCCAUUUCACCAGGGGGCUGCAUCUUGUAAGCUGGAGCAGCAACUGGACUCUGUGUUUGGCCAGUACUCGGUGAGAUGCAUUCUAGACCAGGACGUGCUGCUGCAGGAGGAUGUGGAGCUGAUCGAACUGUUAGACCCGUGUCUGCUCACCCUCAGCUCCUCGCCCUCUGGGUCCCCCUGCCAAGCGAGCACGCUGCCCAGACCAAGCCUCAUCGCCAGGCCCUCCCUAUGGGAUGUGGCGGGGCUGGUCGGCCUAGCUGCAGUGUUGCUGGGACUCUGCUCCGUAUCUGAGGGCCUGUGGUGUCUGACUGCAGCCCCAUGGGGCCUGGCCCUGCUGGGCUGGGUGGGGCUGAGAGGAGUCGCUCUGUGGAGACAGGGCCGCAUGCAGAGAGCUGUCCACACCCGAGCAACACAGCUCCAGACUCUAGUCCACAACAGCAAAACUCUGACCGGCCUGUCUCGCAAAGCGCUGCGGCUGGUGCAGGAGACCGAGGUCAUCUCCAGAGGUUUCACCCUUUUGCUCGACAGGGUGAGUGCGGCCAGCUCCUUUAGCAGGGCAGGGCCGGGGGUGGUGCCAUGCGGCCAGCAGCUGAUUGGACUGAGAAAAGCUCUGUAUCGUGCACUGCGCUCAGCCUUCAGAUCCUCACGUCGAGCCACCUGUCACAUGCUCAAAGCGUUCCCUCUGAACUCUGAAAUCGAUAAUGUAACCAACUACGUGUCUGCGGUGCCUCUGAAGGAGCUGGGGCUUGGCCUGGGGAUCGAGCACCUGGGUGACGAGCAAGCCCAGGAGCUGACAGACGACUACAGCCUCCCUGCCCUGAAGAUGCUGUUCCAGCUGUGGGUGGGACAAAGCUCUGAAUGUUUCCGCCGCCUGGCCCUUCUCCUCUCACCACAGCGUAUAGAGGAGUCAGAAGAGGCCAAACUGAGAGCAGAAACCUCUCCUCCUCCUCUGCCCCCGCUGCAUUGCUCCAUUGCCGCAGUGACCGAGCCCCUCCAUCACGCUCUGGCCAGCUGCCUCGAUGAAGUGCAGCGCAGCUAUGCCUUCCACCGACACUUUGAGACCCAGCCGAGGAUGACGGGCUCCGACAGGAUGGGGCGAGCUAGGGAGAAGUGCAGAGAGCUCAACACCCUGCACUCCUCCAUCAGAAGCCUGCAGCUGCACCUCAAGGCCCUGCUCAGCGAGAUGAUCAUCCUGGAGGACGACCUGGAGAAACUGAUGGUGUCCAAGGAGCUGACGGAGCUGACAUGCGAGGGCUACCAGGACCUCAGUGACCGGCUGCACCAGCUGCAGCCACACAUGCAGGCCAGCACCUGCUGCUGGGAGGACACUAUCAGCCAGGUGGAGCGCAUGCUGAGACGGACCAACGCCUGCCCAGGUAAUGCUGAGGGUCUGGAGCAGUGCGGUACUCCUGUAUCUGAUAAUCCUGCUCCUCCUCCAUCAUACCCCCUGAUCCUGGACAGAGACCCUGUGCCCGAAGAGCUGGAGUGGGAGGCCUAUGUGUCUGACUCGGAUUCUGACUGCGAAACCAGAGAGUCCUGGUCGGACAUGUUGUCACCAGAGGAACGGGAACGUCAGCGUCGGGAGAGGGAAGAGUCGCGUCGCGUCCUGUCCGAGCUCAAAGUUGUUCUGGGCUUCCGUGCAUCUGAGGGGGAGAGGAUGAAGAGGAAGCAGCUGCUCUUCAAUGACCAAGCUGCUGUGACCCCUUCAGCUUGCAGUGAGAGUUCAGAUCCUGCCACAAGGCCAUCACACACUCCAGCCUCUCUGGCAUCAGUACAAACGGGCAAUGAAGAAGAAAACCACCUUUCAGAGGGCUCUGUAGGAAAUGAAGGGGAGGAAGGGGAAGGAAAGGAUGGCAGGAUGAGGCCUGACCCCUCCACAGAGCUGCUGACCGAGUUCAGUUGUGGUUUGGAGGCAGUGCAAGGGGAGCUGGGAGGGAGUUCGGUCUGUACUAGAGGAGGAGGGGGAGCAUCCGAGCUGCACCAGUAUGAUGGGGUGAUGGAGGACGGUGAGUCACAGAAUGGUCUGGACUGCUUACUGAAACCUAAAGUCCCCUCUGUCUCUGUGAUGGACAGAUUGACGGAGAUGCACGGCUCAGAGGCCCUCAGCUUCAGUUCCACCCUGGCCGCACAGGUAGCCGCACGCUCACAGUCGCUCUUCACUAUGGCGGAGCAGACGUUUGGAGAUGAGGAGAGCGACAGAGGAACCCCUGAGAAGGACUAGAAAUGAAAUGCCACUGCUGUAACUGAGCACUGAGUAGAGACUGUAUUUAUGACUGAUUGUCUUUUACCAGUGGGUCUGUGUUACAUCUCAACUGUUUCUGGUGUGCAGAUAUUUCAAAUUUACACCAUCCGUCCAUGUUACUGUACAUUACCCACAAUUCUUACUGCUCUUUUGCUGUUCAAACUCAGGUACCAGAACCACUAACCAACAGGACCUUACAGUGUUGAGGUCAGGAGAGCAGUGUUACAGUUCACCUGGUGACAUCCACAUAAUGUGUUCACAAUUGUUCAGUAGCUAUGGAAACUGAUUGGCUCCAUAUAUAAUAAUGAGUAAUCAGAUUGUUUAAGUAGAAAAAGAUCUGAGUCACUGUCUGGAUGUUUGGGUCGAAGGCUAAGAGCAGGAUUUUAAAAUUCAGAGGUGUGUUCAGAUGGAACCUGAAGAUAGUGUAGAUGUGAUUGAGCCAAAAAUUCUAGUUUUUCUCCUGGUCUGUAUUAAGCUUAGAGAUGAGUGUAAAAAUGAGAGACUGGAAGUAAAUAACAGAAGUGGAGUUUCUUGUGAGUUCUCAGUUCAGUUCAAUGCUGAGAUGAACACAAGCUCCCAUAGACACAGCUGGUGUAUCUGGUGUAUCUUGGACUGGGGGACUGGUCUGUAGCUUUAGGCCAGUCACCAGUUUUGCUCUUAGAUUAGUCUAAUACAAGGCUAAAACUUUAUUUUAAACCUAAAGAUUUGCCACAGGCAGUCGGUCAGUCGCUGAAGAAGUAUUCAUAUCCUUUAUUUAAAAGUAGCAAUACCACAAUGCAAAAUUAAAAAUCCGCAUUCAAAAUUCAAUGGAAGCCCAUAUGUAAAUAUUGUUGGCAAAAUAUAAAGUAGCAAAAAUACUCAUUCACGUCAAACUGUGAAGCUCUUGAUGGAUGAUCUUUUAAAAUCUACAAGGUUUUAUCUAGAACAAGAAAGGAAAAAAAGACAGACUCUCCUGUUAGUUUUGUUGCAGGACAAGCUCCAAAUGUAUCACUCUUAUUAGUGGCUUCACAUCAGUAGCUGAGAUAUUUUUAUACUGUGUGUAAAAAUUAUUUUGCUGACAGACCACAGCUUUUCUGGUUUUAUUUGUUCAAAUUAAUGCUACAACUUCUAAUAAUUUUUAUUUACAGUGAUACUGGGAUCAGUGCAGUUUAUAAAUGUAUUUAUAACUCAGUUGCAUUCAGUUCACUGCUGAGUACUCAAACUCCAACUGAUGUGGGAUUUUUUUACUUUGUGUAGCCUUUGCACAACUCGGGGUGUGCAGAGCCUUUAAUGUAGAAUGCAUCAUAUUUUAUAGGCUGAUCAUUUGUUUUAUUUGUAAAAUCUAAAUGUAGUGAAGUUAAAAAAAAAAAAAGAGUUUGAAAUGAGCAUAGUGGAGUAGAGGCAUAAAUUAGCAUAAAAUUACAAGAACUUUACAGUUGUACUGAAGGACAGUACUUUAAUGCUGUGUGAAUGACACAAGGCCUCGUUUCACUUUCUGUCUGAACACACCUGAACUCAGCUGACCUUAUUUCUUAUAAGGAAGCUGAAGAGAACUCACAAAGUGUUCUGCAAGGAGAGGAAGUAUAAACCUAUUUUUACUACCAGCGCUUUUAUUUCUGUCCUGUUUCUGCGAUCAGACACAGUGGGGGUGAUGGUGACACACGCUCACAAUCCUGUUUCCGGCGGCAUGUUUGGAAUACAGCACUACUGUAUCUUGGAACAGCUAACUGAAGACUGAAACAAUCCCAUUUUUCCAGCAUCUGUAUUUACAGGGAUACACUCAGCAGAUGGGUCAGGAAGCCUUGAAUUUGUUGAACUGUGCUGCUGUGAGGUUUAAAAUCAAACACCUGUAUGGGUAUGGAAGUUAAAAGAGGUGGGCAGUCUGUACCUUUGUUUCAUAUGAGAGUCUGAGAGUCCUGAUGUAUGCCUGCACCUCUCCUCUGUCUUUGUUGUCACCAUGUCUGCCUUGUCCUGACCCCUGCUGCACUCUCCCUCCCUUGGGGUGAGGUCUACGUUCUCCUGCAUUUUCCAACAUGAAAUAAAAUCCCAUUCUGGAAGUGUU